AUGGGGGCUGACGCCUGUCCUCAAGCCGAGGCAGGAGCUCUGCCCCCCGCCGCCCCCUUUACUAGCCCAUGGGGGCGACCAGAGGACGAGGACAGACAGAUGUUUCAGUUUAUCGAGAAAUGGGGGCUGACGCCUGUCCUCAAGCCGAGGCAGGAGCUCUGCCCCCCGCCGCCCCCUUUACUAGCCCAUGGGGGCGACCAGAGGACGAGGACAGACAGGUCUCUGCCGAAGCUGAGCUCUGGCGAGGGAGAAGACGGCGCCGGCCCGGGUUGCUACGGGCACGGCGGUGGCGCAGGAGGACAUCACUUCGAACCGAUUCCACACGAUCACGAUUUUUGCGAGAGGGUUGUCAUAAACGUCUCCGGUCUGAGGUUCGAAACGCAACUGCGGACCCUAAACCAGUUUCCGGACACCUUGCUUGGGGAUCCGGCCCGAAGACUGAGGUACUUUGACCCUUUGCGAAACGAGUACUUCUUCGAUCGGAAUCGGCCUUCGUUCGAUGCCAUCCUCUAUUAUUAUCAGAGCGGUGGCAGGCUGAGAAGGCCGGUCAACGUGCCCUUAGAUGUUUUUAGUGAAGAAAUCAAAUUCUACGAACUUGGGGAGCAGGCCACCAAUAAAUUCAGGGAAGACGAGGGCUUCAUCAAAGAGGAAGAAAAGCCACUGCCCUCGAACGAGAACCAGCGCAAGGUGUGGCUCCUGUUCGAAUAUCCCGAAAGUUCUCAGGCCGCACGCGUAGUCGCAAUUAUAUCCGUGUUCGUCAUUUUACUUUCCAUAGUUAUAUUCUGCUUAGAAACAUUACCAGAGUUCAAACACUACAAAGUCUUCAACACGACCACGAACGGCACCAAGAUCGAGGAGGACGAAGUUCCAGACAUCACCGAUCCGUUCUUCCUCAUAGAAACUAUUUGUAUAGUGUGGUUCACGUUCGAGUUAUCAGUGAGAUUCCUAGCGUGUCCAAAUAAACUGAACUUUUUCCGGGAUGUAAUGAAUAUAAUAGAUAUAAUAGCCAUUAUUCCUUAUUUCAUCACUUUGGCAACCGUUGUUGCCGAAGAGGAAGACACUUUGAAUCUGCCAAAAGCGCCGGUCAGUCCGCAGGACAAAUCGACGAAUCAGGCGAUGUCCUUGGCGAUCCUGAGGGUGAUUAGGUUGGUAAGGGUUUUUAGGAUUUUCAAGUUAUCAAGGCAUUCCAAAGGGUUGCAGAUAUUAGGGAGGACCCUGAAGGCUUCGAUGAGAGAGCUGGGGUUGCUCAUUUUCUUCCUGUUCAUAGGUGUGGUAUUGUUCAGUAGCGCCGUGUACUUCGCCGAAGCCGGUUCAGAAAAUUCAUUUUUCAAAAGCAUUCCGGACGCCUUUUGGUGGGCUGUGGUCACAAUGACGACCGUUGGAUAUGGUGAUAUGACGCCCGUAGGCGUGUGGGGCAAAAUAGUGGGUUCCCUUUGUGCCAUUGCCGGUGUGCUAACUAUAGCCCUGCCAGUUCCUGUAAUUGUGAGCAAUUUCAAUUACUUCUACCAUCGGGAAACCGAUCAGGAGGAGAUGCAGAGCCAGAACUUCAACCACGUCACCAGCUGCCCGUAUCUGCCAGGCACUUUAGGUCAACACAUGAAGAAAUCAUCUAUAUCUUCAUCUUCCUCCGACAUGAUGGACCUCCGCGAAUCGGAAGCCCCGCUCGCCGGGGCCCUUUUGGGUCCGCUG